GAAUUUCCGCGGUAGCGCAGCUUGCCUUUGGAGGAAUACCGCAGCCCGUUAGCGACGAGUAACGGCGGACGAAUCAUUAAGGCGAUACUGUUGAUCGACAGGCUGGUCCCACAGUAGCUUAAUAUCCAAGCAGUGCUGCGUUGUUGCACGAAAUUUAGCGGGCAUACCUGAGGAAACGUCACGCACUGCAUAAGACGAUCGGCAUGGAUUAAAAAGUAUGUUACUGCCGCUUCUGGUUCCCCUCUACGCAAGACUGCUGUAACUCCUACACAAGCUUGCCUCGCGUUGGACGCUGUCACAUGCUACAGCAUUAACAUCCGUCCAAUGCUGCUCACACUAUCCCAGCCGGCCAAGACUGAGUGCGGCUACAGACCAUCCCAUGACUACUCACCACGACUUCCACCGGUUACGAAGUCUCGUGCCUCCCCAAAACCGAAAGUCGACACUGCAGUAAGCUCGCUGCGGGUCAGCGUCACAGCGGACGACAUGUCCACAGGUCACCGCGGCCUUCCUCCGCCAGCUGCGAUGGCAUUGCCUGAACCAAAUCGACAACCUCCGUUGUUAAACCAGCCGUUGGGAGCAAUGCCGAAUCCGCCGAACCAGUGGCAGGGUCACGAGGAAUCGAUGCGCAACUGGCUGGUUGCAAAAGCUGAGGAGGACAAGCGGAAGCAGGAAGAAGAGAAGACGCGGCAAGAGGGCUAUCGCCUUGAGCAGCGUCGUAUCGAGCUGCAGAUGUUGCACGACUCGUUGCAGGCUGGUGUUCCUCCUUCUAUGGUGCCUAUGAUAUAUGCUGGCAUCGGCGGCGCAAACCUAGCGAACGUCAGUAUUGAUUGGUUGCAACAGUAUGCCGCGCAACUGCAAGCGGCGCAACAACAACUUCAACAACAGACUGCUCCAGACUAUCGGCGAGAAACCAGAUUGAUCGGUUCGAACCCAGCUCCAUACGGCGCGCCUCAGCAGGCGCAGCCAAUCGUUGCCGCUCAACCUCUCCACCCCAGCCAGCCGAAUGCGUCAAUACAGACAACCUUCCCAGCGUAUGAACCAGCGACGAGCGCGAGAGGUCCACAAUCAGCAGCGCCGCGAUCUGCGCACACGCAAUUGCCUCGAUUAACAACGAACGAGAUGUUCAUCCAGCAGCCUCCGGCAGGCAAUCCAGGCAGCGCGCAUCCUCUACAACAGACGCAAACGAUGCAGCAAGACCAGCCAGCAUCGUCGCCAGCACUCUACUUCCAUCAUUGGGUGCCACCGAAUGAGGCCAAAGUACAGCCGCAAACACCAGCCAGUCGAGGCGAACCACUAUCCGCUCACCCUGGAUCACAUGCGUCUGAGGGCGAGUACAAGGAGUCCCCACGCAAGCGCAAAGCACAAGGUGGGCACCAGGCAAAUCCACCGCCAUCGACUUCGCCGUCGUUCGGUUCGGCGGCAGCAGGUUCCAGGCGCAGAGGCGGCCACAGUCGAACGCGCAGCAAUGCGUCGCUGCGAGAGUCUGAGGGCAGGCCAGGCAGCAGACGAGAGGCGGAGUCGUCGCAACCGGAGCCCACCGAAGAGCGGAGGCCGCCCGACCUGCUGAGGCAUCGUGACGAACGUAGUACGCGCUCGUCAGACGAGGGUCCUGGUGAGCCUCAUUAUGAACCACGGUAGCGAUACUUGCCAGCUUCUGCUCCUUUUUGUAUAUACUGCCAGCUUGCGUUUCUCUUGAGUGGGUGAUAAGGACCAGGGUCGGUUUUAGAUACCCAUCUGCUGCAUCUUGGUGACAUCCUGCAGCACCAACAGCUGCUUUGAACAAAGAGCGAUAGGUGCUCGCUGAGUGUCUCCCACGGUACGUCUCAGUGCUCUUUCUUCAACAGAAUGAAAUUUGCAAAGGGUAGGAUGAGUGAAACCCGAGUCAACGUCGACAAGCCUUCAGUGGUGAGACCAUGAUGAGACCAGAUUUACUCUACCAUACCAAUACUAUACAAUGUUGAUGAAAACAGCUAUACGUAG